AUGGCCCAAGCGGCCGCCAGGCCUGUGGACGUGGAGAAGGCGGUGCACAUGCUCCGCAGCGCGUGUCAGAGUCAGGGGGGCGGCACCGCCUCCAGUCACGCUGAAGACAUCGCCACGCUGCUCCCAUCCGCGGCAUUUCUUGCGUCGCAUUGCACGCCGGCGCUGCUGUCGUGCAUCGUCGACGCGUGUGACGCGACGUCACCGGUCGUUGGCGGAACCAAGAGGCUGGCAAUGCUGAAUGCCGCCUGGAAGCUGCUCCUCGCCGUUGCCUCCUACCAGGAUGUUGCACCGAGGGAUUACGAGACGGCGGUGGUCCACAUGAUGGAGCAGCUGCGAUGGGGCGUCUUGACGCAUGAUUGGAGCGACAAGAAGCGAGUACGACUGGCCACAUUCUUCGCAUCGCACCUCGUGCUAGCUGUGCGGGCCCAUCCGCAGCUGCUGCUGACCGGGACGGAGGCGGCCCAUGUGUUUUUCGCCCACCUGGUGCGCUUAUAUUAUGCUGUCUGCGUCACAGUCGCGACGAGCACGCGCGACGACGAGGCCGUCACCACUCUGUACGACAACAUCGUGGAGCGCCUUCACGGGAUUUUCGACUGCCUGGGCAGCGCUGCCGCUGCCAUGACGAUGAUGACAGAAAACCGCAAAGCUGAGUGGACCGCUACCAACUCCGGCCAAGGGACAGAGAAAGAAGUCGGUGGCGAAGGCGUUGAAAUUGUGUCGAACGCGGUAGAGGCGCUGCUAACACAGUGCGUCUCCGCCUCAGCCGCGUUCGAGGUGCAGGAGGCAGCCGGAGGUGGGGAAGAGGUGCAGCAGGCCGCGGCCACGGCUGGACUCAGUACGUACCUGCAUGUAAUGCAAGGAGUGCUGAAGAGACUGCCAGGCAGUAGUGGAACACCAGAGGCGGAGGCAGCGGCGUCAAGUGGGCCCACCGAGGAAACCGCCGGAGACGAGGGUAAGAGGGCAGGGAAGGCAGAUAAAGCUGCUGCAGAGAGAAGCGUUGGGAGUUCUGCUGUGGGCAGGGAUACGCUUCACUUGCUGACGGAGAGUUUGCUGUGUUGGACUGGCCAAAGAGCGACGCACCGUGACGGCAACGGCAGCGUCGGCGAUGGGUCCGCAUGCGAACGUCAACACAGCUGCAGCAACGCAGGGGCCACCGUGAAGCAAGACAUACAGACGUUGUCCGAGAAGCUUCCAACUGCUUUAUUCGCCUAUUCACCACCAAAUGGAGGCUCCGACACAAAGCGAGAUGUCUCGCCUUUUUCAUCCACCGCAGCUUCCACGUCACUUCGUGCGAUGUGGGUCAGCGCGCUCGCUGCUCUCUGGCAGCAAUGGAUCUUCCUCUGCGCCAACGCCGAGGAGGCAGAGGGCAACAACGAUAGCAGUACAAGUGACGAUGGCGGUACGUCUUCUCGAUGUCGCAUUGGGCCAACGGCGUGGGCGAUGUCCGGCGGCACCGAUGUGCAACCAUCGGUAUCGAAUGCGGCCAGUCUGAGCGCGCAUCUGUCGACAGUGGUGUUGUCUUCCAUCACGUGUGUGCCGCAUGCAUCCACCAUGGCCCUGAUGGCGCUAGAGGCGUGGACGGAGUUGUUCCACCGCCUGGAACGCGCCGCAAAACCCACGUCGUCUCCGUCACAACCUAUGCAACGCACCGCGGUACGUGUACUUCUACGCGUAUUGGGAAACAUACGUUAUGCGGCGACAGACCUUGUGCAAGGCCUCUUGCACUUACAAAAGCGGGAGGAUGUGACGCAUGCUCCAGAUGCCGUGCUCGAUGGAGGCUGUGCAAGCACCAGCGCGCUCCUUGAGCAAUGGAUAUGCGCCGCAGUAGCGCUGCUGAGCUACGGCGAGUCAGCCCUGUGCAUUGAAACGACGAACCCGCCGGCGAACGACGACGAUGAUGAGGUGCGAGGUGCUGCUGAGCAGAGACAUGCCGCAGUCGUUUUGCUUUCUCUACUUAUUGAGGUGAUGCGCACAAAGACCACCCUUUCCUGUGCGGCCGCGCAAAAAGGAGAAGACUACGCUCCGCCAGCCGUUGCGGUCGCCGAGCUGCGUGAGGCCCUCGUAUCACUGCAGCAGGAAACAAGGAAGACAUGGAAGCAGAAUACGCCUCCUGCGGACCACUCGUAUUUAUUGUGCCAGCUGCUCAUCCAAAUCCCACGAAAGCUGCACAACGUUGUCGGCGCCUUUACCGCCAUGUCAGUGCUGAGCUGCUCUCUCCCCGAUAAUGAGGAAGGCCUCUCUAAGCCUCCGGGGCAGCUCAAGCUGUCCCUGCUGUCGUGUUCCUCUCUUCUCGCCUCUCUCACGCAGACGCUGCAGCGCUUAUCAGAGAACUCCACUGGAGGGGAAGAGGAGGAGGAAGAGGAGUCAGCGAGCGCACGCGUCGCUCGUUGGGUGGCGGCGCGGCUCCUUCACGAGAUGGCAGCGGUCCCCGUCUCGGACAGCGCGGAUGAUGCGGUGCUUGUCGCGUGUGUGCGCCGAUGGACGGACGUCGCCUUCUCCGCUACGUCGCCUUCGCCUGUACCGCCUCGAAAGGACAGUGCGGCGCGUCGGUGUGGCGAUGCCGUCGUAUACGCGGAUGCGGCGGCAUCGCUUUUGCGUCUCGCACAGGAGUGCACGUCGCUGGAUUUGGAGACGCUGAACCUGUCGGAUGCGGCCGUGGCGGCUCUCGUGGAGCUGGUGGAGGGCGACAGUCAAGCGAGCGACAACGCCGAUGCCGUCGCGCGAUGGGGUGUACUGCAAGAUGAGGAAACUCGGCAGUGGUCUGCCUCAACGGCGUGGCUGCGGAAACAGCGCGAUAUGGCUGAAACCGCAUCGGGGGAAAACACCGAUGUAGUCUUCCCGAAUACAUCCGACGACAGAGACGAGGGAGUGUCUUCCAUGUCGCUUCGCAGCUCUCCCACCGUCGCUGACUAUCUUCGCGGCUUGCGGUAUUGUACGGCGGUGCUUCAGCAACUGCACGAUGACGUCACCACCAACGCCGUCACGGCGGAGGACGGAGCGCACAGCAACAAACGUCGCCGCGUGGACGAUGGCGGUGAGGACGGAAGCUCUGAAGAGCGGCGCACCGUGGACAUAAGUGAAAGGGAGCACGCGAGCAUCACGUGCACGCUUGCACGCAUCCGAGAGCUGAGUCGAUCGACACUGGCGCAGUUAGAGGGAGGCACAGGUGCAGCCACGCCCACUCCAUCUUUGCCAUCUUUAUCAGUGCCCAUCAGCAAAAACGUCAAGGACGAGCUUCGAGCUGGUCGUUCAGAAGAGGUGCUGCAGAAGGAUGCGCAGGUGUUCACGCUCUCCGACACCGAAUCAAUGGCCAGCCGUCGCAGACCGUCAAGCACGGAAGUAAUUGACAUCGAGUAG